GUAUGUCAUCUCGGGUAUUUGUUCCUGCUUCACGACACACGUCGCUGCCUCCGGCUCCGGAGGCGAAUUUCCCGUCGCAGGCGAUGCGGGAGAUGCUCCUCCGAAUACAGGGGGUAGGACCGAUGAAUGCGGUUAUCGUCAAGGUGAGCAAGACGACGGCAGCGGAGGUUCCGCGCCGGAUGAAUCCUCUUCUUCGGAUUUUGGGGAAUCAAGCG